CGUUUGCCGCGGGCGAAUGGCGUGCCCGUAACAUUAAUAAUAAACAAAUUAGUUAGUUAGUUAUUGACAAUAAUCAUAAUGGCCUGGUUCCUUCGUCGUCGCCCCUCAUCGUUUGUUUUGUAGCAUUAUUCUUCUUAUAUAAAGAAACAUCAUCUUCAUCCCAUAGAACUUAUUCCUUAUCCUCUCCCACUUGAUCCAUCAGCAACCCGCAGUUAUUCAGACCAAUUCCGCCCAUCUAUCUCUCCUGUCCUGUCUCCGGUGCAACCCUCUCCGCUUCCCCCUCUUCUCUUAGCUCCCGAUUGCCGCCAAAUAGUUAAAUAAUACCAGCCAGCCUUCGUUCUCCCCGCUCAAUUAUUUCCUCGUCUCGUCUUGCUGCUUAAUUCCCUUUGUUUGUCGAUUCCGCGUGCACAGUUCACAGACAGCGACCAUGACGAGCGGUAUCAAAUCAAGCACAAUUUCCGAGCGCGAUGAAGCUCCCAUUGAAACCCCUCCACGGGCUCCCUCCCCCGUUCAUCAAUUCGGCACAUUGGCUGUGCAUGCCGGUGCGCAUGUAGACCCUACAACUGGCGCUGUGAUUGCUCCAAUCUCCCUUUCUACGACAUUUGCCCAAGUUGGCGUCGGAAAGCCCAUGGGACAAUACGAGUACACAAGAAGCGCAAACCCAAACAGAGAUCACUUCGAGGAAGCCGUAGCAGCCCUCGAGCACGCCCGAUAUACAUUGGCCUUCUCGUCUGGCUCUGCAACCACAGCCGUCAUCCUCCAAUCCCUCGCGGCUGGAUCCCACGUCAUAUCAGUCUCUGAUGUAUACGGUGGAACCCACCGAUACUUCACCAAGGUCGCUGCAGCCCACGGGGUGCAUGUUACAUUCUCCCCCAGCAUCGAAAUCGACAUCGCAGAGCUGAUCCGCCCCAAUGACACCAAGCUGGUCUGGAUCGAAAGCCCCUCGAACCCUACCCUCGGCCUCGUCGAUAUCAGAAAAGUAGCCAGCGUUGCCCACCAGCACGGUAUCAUGGUUGUUGUCGACAAUACCUUCCUCAGCCCCUAUAUCCAGAACCCUCUCGACCACGGUGCGGAUAUCGUCAUCCACUCAGUCACCAAAUACAUCAAUGGCCACUCUGACGUGCUCAUGGGCGUAGCCGCCUUCAACUCCACCCAACUCCACGAACGCCUCUCAUUCCUCCAAAACGCCAUCGGUGCCGUGCCCUCCCCCUUCGACUGCUGGCUCGCCCACCGCGGCCUGAAAACCCUUCACCUGCGCGCCCGCGAAGCCUCCAAAAACGCCACCAUUAUCGCCACCGCCCUCGAAGCCUCCCCGCACGUCAUCGCCGUCAACUACCCAGGCAUCAAGUCGCACCCGCACCGCGAGAUCGCCCUCAAGCAACACCGCGACGGUAUGGGCGGCGGUAUGCUCAGCUUCCGCAUCAAGGGCGGCGUGGCGGCCGCUGAGCGCUUCUGCCAGGAGACCAAGGUGUUUGUGCUGGCGGAGAGCUUGGGUGGUGUGGAGUCGCUUGUCGAGGUGCCCGGCGGCAUGACGCAUGCGGGCAUCCCGAAGGAACAGAGGGAGGCGGCGGGGGUGUUUGAUGAUCUUGUGCGGGUUAGCUGUGGGAUUGAGGAUAGUGCGGAUUUGUUGGCGGAUGUGAUGCAGGCGCUUGAGAAGGCUGUUGUUGGGCCGAAGAUUAAUGGGAAUGGGGCCGCGGCGAAUGGACGGGCGUGAGCGGUCCUGGUUUUUUUUUUCUUUCCUUUUGUACUUUUCGUUUUUCUGAUGAUGAUGUUUUUUUUUUUUUCUUUUUCUUUUCCCUUUUUUUUUUCUGCUAAUCCUUUUCAUACUGUGUGGUGUGGUUGUGGUGCCUGCUAUGGCUGGCUCUGCUGUUAGGCUGAGUUAUGAAGAAAUGCCCCCUUUUUUUUUCAACUCUCAGAUUUUUCAGUCAUGCUUAUAGAAUCUUUUCUUGUCUUUGUUAUCCACGUUUUUAUAUACGGGAUGAUUAUUUUCUCGUUUGAACAUUUACCGGAGGUCUGGUUUUGUUGGUUGAGGGGGAAAAAAAAGAAAAAAAAAAAAAAAAAAAAAAAAA